CUCAACGAGUACUCUGGCAGUCGAGCAGAUUAUCAAUAAGUUUUGUGAAGCAAAAAAAAAAGAAAAAUUAUAAGAAAGAAGAAAAGGGUUAGGAGAAACUUUUAAAUUUAUUGAUUAUCGAAAGCUUCACCUUAGAAAUAUUUCAAAAUGCCUAAGCGCGCAGAGAAGACGCGAAUAUUUAAACCCGAGAUAAUUGAAAGAAAUAAAAAAAAAUUGGAAAAGGACGCCGACAAAGCCACAGAGGAGAAAGACUUGAGCUCGGACGAGCUUGACGAGUAUUACGAUAAGAGAAUUUUGAAAGGUUCACAAAUCGAUCAAAUAGACCGUCUACUUGUGGACAAUAGCCAAUCCUUAAUUUGGCGCGCCAGCCACUGCGCAUUUCCUGCAUUCAAUGUAACCUUGUGCCCCCAUGAUAAUCGAGAAGUGCUACCGUUAUAUCCCAGUUGCCAAGUGUCAGCACCACAUCCCAUAUAUGUGGCUAACAAACAAUGCGAAACAGUCGACUUAUGUCAUAAACGAUCUAUGACGCGUGAUUUUUACAGAAAGCGACUGUUAACCACGCGGACUACAUAUCAGAGAGCGGUGCAAAAUAAAAAACAAAUCAGAGCCGCUGAAAAGGAAGAAAUAUACCAUUGCUCCGCCUUUGAUAUGGCCGAGAGAGUAUUCUUGAAUCCUGAUCCAUAUUUUCAUGGAAGUUAUGAUUAUUAUUAUACCGGCGGUAAUCUCUGCAUUUUACCACAAACUCGUCAAAUAGUGCAUGUUACGGGCAAUAAUCUACAUACGUUGAAUCUUGGCAAACUAAGUAGAGAAAAGACCUCUGACGCGUCUAUGAAAAACUUGGCCACGUUAGAUCUGAAAGAAAAUACUGAAAUAUUUGAAGUCCAGUCACUGAGCCCUUCAACCAACAGUACCUAUUUAAAUCGUUUUAUCUGUAGACAACGCAAUGUUGUCUCCAUAUAUGGUGUUACGGACGAUUGUUCCAAAACGAAAACGCUAGCUUUAUUUAAAAACCAAAACACGCCGUUUAUUAGUGUAGCGCAAUCUAUGGGAAAUGUCGAUACAUUGCUAAUAUCCAACAUGAAGCAGCAUUUACGUCAAUAUGAUUUAAAGACAAGUGCACCAUUUUUGGUAAAACUGUACGAUGUAAAAUCGCAGAAAUCGGGAUGGCUUUGGAAUACCAUUAAGCCAUGGCGUGAAAAUACAUUCAUAUAUGCUAAUGAGAAGCAGUUGAGUUUAAUUGAUUUACGUACUCCGUCUGAUCAAUGGCCGGACAAUGUCAACAUCAAUCGAAAUGGAACUUGUAUUUGUGAUCAUAUCACGGCAUUAACAACCAGUGCUUUCGAUAAUCUAUUGUACGUGUGUACCAAUCAUGCUCUCCACUGUCUCGAUAUCAGAAAUUUUAAAACAAGUAGUCUUGUUAAUUCGCAAAACGCCGUUUGCCGUUGGACGCAUCAGUGUCAAUAUGCUCCGCUAAUGAUGGAAACAUACAAAGAUGAAAAUAAGGAAUAUAUAGCACUUUCUUCUCCCGUUUCGGGCGAUUUAUGCAUUUGCGAAAUGUCGCGCACGCCUAAUUCGGAAAUAUGUGAAUUGGCGCCUACAUCCGAAAAACCUGCAUUUAUAUAUAAAUCUUUCUGUUUGCCAUAUCAACCCCCCACUUUAAUGGAGGCUUAUAACAGUGCUCGCCUGCAGGGCAAUUGUCUUCAGCCAGAAGCUAAUCUCCACGCUCGUCUUCAAUGCUGCACGACGGGAUUAAAGUUUUAUGAUUUAGGGGCGAACGAUAGUUGUAAACGUAAAUAUUUGAUUUUUUCAAAUUCGAAUGGUGAUGUGUACGCUCAUACACUGAUCAAACGUGACAAGGUAGAAACUGAUGCUCGCACAACAAAAGUUAGCAAUGAAAUGAUGGGCAAAUAUGCAGAAAAUAUUUGUAGUUUUCAAUCAAUUCCUUUACAUUAUAGUGAUAUAGUUAAAUUAAAAGGAAUGCGUAAAAUAUUUCGUUGCGAAUUCUUAAGUAAUCCAUCAAAAUAUGAUUUCGAAACGACAAUAGACGCCAACAAUGAAGACGAAGUAGCAUUAAGACAAGAAGGCGUUAACAGUUCCGGCAAAAGAAAGCGAUUCCAUAUGGGCCGUUGGCAAAAAUCAUCAACUCAACUUCACUCCUACAAAGAUGCUUUGGUAGAAGACUUGUUAUCUAUUUGGGAUGUUGACAUGGAAGUGGAAGGAGAUGCUAUACAACUGAAGAAUUUGUCAGCUAAUCAAAGUAUGAAAGCUGAAACGAAAGUGAAUAAUUGGCUUAACGCUCAAACCGUUGAACACAUACCAAUGACUUCCAUAGCACCCAGCGAAGCUAUUAAAUACUUUCAAGACGACAGCAUUGUUAAUGAUCAAUUAUUCGAUUUAAGUCAAAGUCAGCAGAUCUUACGUGAUUUUGAAGAUGUACAUCAGUCUACACAAAUCGAUGAUUUGAACGCAUCAAAAAGUCGAAAAAAAUCAAAGAAGUAUACAAAAGGUUUCUAA